AUGGCGACACCUACAAGGCCACCGGCGGUUUCGACUCCCAAGUCACAGUUCACCCCGAACCGAGUCAACGCUUCUCCGCGACCUGGUACCUCAGGAAAUGCAAAUCGAAAUUUGGCCUAUAAAUCCCCGGCUGUCAAAACGCCGGCCUCAAUACCAGGUCACACUCACCAUGUCAGUGUGUCUUCUCAACCUUCUUCCACUCCCCUAGCCGCCCACACGAUCCACGACGACCUACUCGCGCUGAAUUCGCCUGCUGCUGCCCUCAUUGCCUCGAUGGGCUCGACCGGGAUGACCCCAUUGACAAAUGGCGCAGACGGCCUGGGUAUCACGGGCAACGGCCAAGGGGCUGCAACAAGAGUGAGUGCGGUUUCUGCGAACCCGGAAAUGGAACGAAUACAGAGAAUACAGCUUGUGGCAAGCACGCUGAAGACGCGGGUUGCAGGGCGCGGCCUGACACGAGAAGGAGUUGAAAGACUAGCACAAGUGCAUGGAUUUUCGACGCUGUUGGAUGAAGGGAACCUCUCGAUCGCUGGUAAGGCUACGGUCGAUCUUGAGGUUGUGUUCGAUACAAUUGAUCGAGACUUGAUUCGGGAGGUCAACCUCAAGCUCAUUAAGAAUGAUGCGCCCGAAGCCCAGUUUCAAGAGCGAGGAACGCAAGUUCUCAAGGACAACCUCCAGCCAUUCACCACUGUCGACGGGACUGCUCAAUGGACAGAUCUACGUGAUUAUGAAUCGAAUCUGGACUACCUCCAUCAAUUGGAUUGCAUUCAAGGAGGCAUCGACGCCAUUGACAGCCUCUACGAUGCUUUCCAGAAGAUAUGGAACGCCGAAAGAGACCGACUGAAAUCCGCCAACGCACGACAACGUCUAAGGCACAGUGCCUUGGGUCGACCAUUCAUGGACCGAACUCCAAAGCUGGGUCUAGCUAUCGAUUAUUGGAACCGCAGACCAGAUUCGCAGCCGUCUUCGGAAGACGAUGACUCCUUCCCCGAUCAUAGUGUCUACUCAGCGAAUAUAUCAUGUGAGCAGGGCAAGCCUUACACGUUGCCUCUAAACGGCUGGGUGUCUGAGUCUGUUCUCACCGAAGCACCCCAAGGCGAGAAUCACUCGGAAAACGCGAAAGUGGGCCCAGACUGGCAGGCUUCUGCCGAUGAAGCCGAAUAUUUGAGUUUGGUUGAAAAAGCGGACGCUAUGGACCCGACUGGAGACGAAAAGACUGACGCUCCACCGAGCAUACUGAAGAUGCACUUCAUAUCCAAGUUGGUGCCAGAGGUAUACCUGCCCCUGAACAUCGCGGAAAGUAUUGUGGAGCUUGGCAUGUUUGAAAUGAACCAGGAGAUGACGGUGACGUACCAGAAAGCCCUACAGGACCACUUCAACACCACUAAAGCACGUGGUAGUCAAAGUACCUCUGAGGAGAGAUGGCCCAGAUGUCUGCCAAUCACGUCUGAAGGUGGACCUUUAAAGUAUCGCCGCCAUUCUUAUGCGCUGCAUUCUGUCCAGCCCGGAGCAGUACUCUGGUGUUAUCCAGUCACUCGCCUGAAGUUCAUUCAUCCCAGACAAUUGGCAGGAGCAAUACCAAUCCUGCGUCAGUAUGCUCUGGUAUGGAGUCUUCUAAGAAGCCUUGUAGAAUAUGGGGACGCCGAACCGAACACAAUGGCGACUGCGGCCGAUCAUUCUACUCAGAAUGUGGUUGCAGCGAGGCCUUCUCGAACCUCGCGACGAAGUAAUGUCAAAGCCACUAAAAACAGGCUCGAUGACUUACUGGGCAUUGGUAGUCCAGAAGGACGAGACGACGUGGUCCCUGUCGACGUCAGCCUUGAUACCGUGUCAGACAGUCCAAAAGCCAAAUUGGAUAUUUAUGUUCCUCUGUUUGGAUCCCUCGCCGGCGGAAGACAGAGUCCUUUCAUAUUCAUCUCUUUACAUGUCUGCCCCGACGGGAUAAUUGAGGUGAAGAACUUGAAUGGUGCGCAAGUUAGCGACAAGAGCGAAGAGUUGAAGCUUCGAGAGCAAGUUUCCCGUAUCGUUACCGCGACUGAGGAUAUCGGCUUACUGGUCGAAUGGGUUCUCUUGAGAGCUGGAGGAUCAAGAUGA